GCUCCAAAUUUUCCCCCGGGGGUUUGUUGUUUUUCCCUGUGUGGUGAAGUGUGUUGGUGUUUUUUUUCCUGUACCGUUCUUUUUUUCAUACGUUUCGCCUUUCCUCUACUCCAGAGAGUUGCUCCCGUGGCAAGUUUUUCUUUUUAUUCCCGGAGUUGUAGCCGCCUUUUUUCUGGUUCACAAUCCGGGAGCGAUUUCUAGUAGGCCGUGAGCUAUGUAACUAGUGACGGGAAGCCCUUUCCGUGUCACUUCCGGUCUGUCAAAAUUCGAUUCAUUGUAAAAUUUUCGUGUUUUUUCUUGUUGCAUCUUCUCAUUACUGUCCCGUUGUUCCCCCGGGGGCGUGUACUCACAAUUAGUUAAAUUAAUUAGUGAGAGCGAGUGCAAAAUCAAAACACUAAUUGAGACGGUGAUUUCGCUUAAUUCGUAGGUGCUACGCGAAAGGUGUUGUAAAUUUGCAGUAAAAUGGAUUAGGUGUUACACGAAAUUGUGUGCAAAAAAGAAAAACUACUCAACUUUGGAAUAAUUCAGUGAAAUAAGUGAAACAGCGUCGUUUUCGCUUGCGGGCCUCACUAAUCAUACGGUGGUGGCCGCCGCCGCAGCUAGUGGCAUCGAUACCGGUUCGUGGGGUUCUCCGCUCUACACGGGAGAAUAACUGGGAGAUAAAAGAAAACAACAGUUCCAGAGCCACGGUGUGUGCAGUUGGAUAUUGGCCGCGGGUCGCGAUCGUAAUUUUGACCAACUUUUCUCGUGGAAUUGUAUUAAAAGAUAGUGAUUGCUGGCCAAAACUCGGAGUCGUUCGGAGCGACGGCCACCACAGAACGUGGCCAAGAAAAAUUGUAACGUUGUAGGAGUAUAGAACAAGCCGCCGCCACCAUGUGGGACUCCCAGCUGGUGUGGGCUCGGGACUCCCAGGCCGGCUACAUCCAGGGCCGGAUCACGGAGAUGGGCGCGCACGAGUACGAGGUGCAGCCGGAGGACAACAAGCACCCCAAGCGGAACUGCAUCCCGGAGGAUAUUUUUCCGUCGUGCGAAGCGGUGUCGGACCACGAUGAUAACUGUGAAUUAAUGUUCCUAAAUGAGGCUACCCUGCUAGACAAUAUCAAGAACCGAUAUUACAAAGACAAAAUUUACACGUACGUCGCCAACAUCCUGAUCGCGGUCAACCCGUACAAGGAGAUUCGUGACCUGUACGCCAAGACGACCAUCAAGCGGUACAAUGGCAAGUCGCUGGGCGAGCUGCCGCCGCACGUGUACGCCAUCGCGGACAAGGCGAUCCGGGACAUGCGCGUGCUGAAGCUGUCCCAGUCGAUCAUCGUGUCGGGCGAGUCGGGCGCCGGUAAGACCGAGAGUACCAAGUACCUGCUGAGGUAUUUGUGCGAUGCGGCGUCCGCGGCAGGGCCGAUCGAGACGAAGAUCCUGGACGCGAAUCCGAUCCUGGAGGCGUUUGGCAAUGCGAAGACGACGCGGAACAAUAACAGCUCGCGGUUUGGGAAGUUUAUCGAGGUGCAUUACGACGGGAAGUGCCAGGUUGUGGGAGGUCACAUUUCGCACUACUUGCUGGAGAAGAGCCGGAUAUGUACGCAGAGUCCGGAGGAGCGGAACUACCACGUGUUCUACCUGCUUUGUGCUGGAGCUCCGCAGCAGUUGAGGGAUAAGCUGUUGAUUGGGAAGCCGGAUGACUACCGGUAUCUGUCCGGAUGUACGCAGUACUUCUCUUCAGCGGAGACCGACCGCAAGAUUCCAAACUCGCAAAAGUCCAAGAACCACAUGGCGAAGGGUUCGCUGAAGGAUCCCAUCCUGGACGAUUACAACGACUUCCAAGACCUGGACCAGGCCCUCACCCGGUUGGGCUUGUCCGAGGGACAGAAGUUUGAAAUCUACGGACUGGUCGCCGCCGUCCUGCACCUCGGCAACGUCAGCUUCGAGGACAACCCGGAAGACGCCAAGGGUGGAUGCCGCGUGGCGACCAGCUCCGAACGGGCCAUCACCAUCACGGCCAAGCUGAUCGGACUGGACCCUUCGGAGCUGAGGCAGGCGCUCGUGUCCAGGGUGAUGCAGAGCAAGGGCGGUGGCAUCAAGGGAACCGUCAUCAUGGUCCCACUCAAGGUGUACGAAGCGAACAACGCCCGGGAUGCGCUGGCCAAGGCGCUGUACUCGCGACUCUUUGACCACAUCGUGUCGCUGAUCAACGCGAACAUUCCGUUCCAGGCGUCGAGCUACUACAUUGGCGUGCUGGAUAUUGCUGGGUUUGAAUACUUUACCGUGAACUCGUUCGAGCAGUUCUGCAUCAACUACUGCAACGAGAAGCUGCAAAAGUUCUUCAACGACAACAUUCUGGCCGCCGAGCAGGACCUGUACAAGCGGGAAGGGCUGAACGUGCCGGAGAUCAAGUUUACCGACAACCAGGACAUUAUUGAACUGAUCGAGUCCAAAUCUAGCGGCAUCUUCAACCUACUGGACGAGGAGUCCAAGCUUCCGAAGCCGUCGUACGCCCACUUUACCUCGGAGGUCCACUCGGCCUGGCAGGGUCACUACCGGCUGUCGUUGCCGCGCGCUUCCCGCCUGAAGGCACAUCGCGUCCUCCGUGACGACGAGGGCUUCCUGGUGCGGCACUUUGCCGGUGCCGUUUGCUACAAUACGAACCAAUUCAUCGAGAAGAACAACGACGCGCUGCACGCCUCGCUGGAGGGACUCGUCCAGGAGUCGGAGAACCCGCUGCUGAAGCGACUGUUUGCCAGCGGAAAGGUUGGCGCCACCAAGGGCAAGCUGGCCUUCAUCUCGGUCGGGUCCAAGUUCAAGACGCAGCUCGGUGAGCUGAUGGACAAGCUGGAGAAGAACGGCACAAACUUUAUCCGCUGUAUCAAGCCGAACAGUCGCAUGAUCGAUCACGAGUUCGAGGGCGGACUGGCGCUGGCCCAGCUCAAGUGUUCUGGCACGACGUCGGUGCUCGAGCUGAUGGAGUACGGCUACCCGUCGCGCGUUCCGUUCAACGAGCUGUACAACAUGUACAAGAGCUUCCUGCCGCCGGAGUUGGCCCGGCUCAACCCGCGGACGUUCUGCGAAGCGAUGCUGCACUCGCUCAAGCUCAACAACAAAGAUUUCAAGUUUGGCAUCACCAAAGUCUUCUUCCGGCCGGGCAAGUUUGUCGAGUUUGAUCGCAUCAUGAAGUCCGACCCGGAGAACCUGAAGGCGAUCGUGGCCAACGUCAAGAAGUGGCUGGUGCGCUCGCGCUGGAUCAAGUCGGUGUUCUGUGCAAUUUGCGUGAUCAAGUUGAAAAACCGCAUCAUCUACCGCAACAAGUGCGUCCUGCUGGCCCAGAAGACGAUCCGGGGCUACCUGGCCCGCAAGCGCCACCAGCCGCGCAUCAAGGGCAUCGUGAAGAUCAACGCGAUCAAGACGAACCUGGGCAAGAUGCAGGAGGUCGCCACGCAGCUGAAAACCGAACGGGACAGCAUGCUGCGGCAGGUCGCCGACAUCCAGCGCGCCAUCGAGGACGCCGUCGGCCGGAUCAAGGGCAACGCCCGGAUUAGCCCGGCGGAGAUUGACGCGCUGUACGCGGGCGUCAUGUCGAAGAUUGACGCCCAGAUGAAGACGAUCCACGUGAAGCUGCAGGAGCAGCGGAACGCCGAGGAGCAGGAGCGGCUGCGCAAGAUCCAGGCCGCGCUGGAGGCGGAACGGCGCAUCAAGGAGGAGGAGGAGCGGCGGUUGCGCGAGGAGGAGGAGAACCGGAGGAAGAAAGCUGAGAUGGAAGCUAGACGCAAAGAGGAGGAAGUACGCCGUCUGAGACAGGAAGAGGAGGACCGGAAGGCGGCUCUUGCUCUGCAGGCCCAGCUGGAAAAGGAAGCCCAGGAGGACAUCAAGUACCGCCAGCAGCUGGAGCAGGAACGGCGCGACCACGAGCUGGCCCUCCGGCUGGCCCAAGAAUCCAACGGCCAGGUCGAGGACAGCCCACCGUUGCUGAGAAAAUCUGAAGCGAUCCGCGCCCAGCAGCAGCUGAUCGAGAAGCAAAAGCACGACCUCAGCAAGUGGAAGUACUCGGAGCUGCGCGACGCCAUCAACACCAGCUGCGACAUUGAGCUGCUGGAGGCGUGCCGGCACGAGUUCCACCGCCGCCUGAAGGUGUACCACGCGUGGAAGGCAAAGAACCGCAAGCGCACCACGAUGGACGAGAACGAGCGGGCGCCGCGCAGCGUCAUGGAAGCUGCGGCACGCGCGCCGCCCCGGCUGCCCCAGAAGCAGGACCUGACGAACGGGUCGGUGCACCGGUACUUCCGGAUUCCGUUCGUGCGGCCGAGCAACAACCCGGAGGACGCGAACAAGCGCGGCUGGUGGUACGCGCACUUUGACGGGCAGUACGUGGCCCGCCAGAUGGAGCUGCACGCGGACAAGCCGCCCAUUCUGCUGGUGGCCGGCGUCGACGACAUGCAGAUGUGCGAGCUGAGCCUGGAGGAGACGGGACUGACGCGGAAGCGCGGCGCGGAGAUUCUCGAGCACGAGUUUAACCGCGAGUGGGAGCGGAACGGCGGCAAGCCGUACAAGAAGGCGGGCAAGUAGUCCCUUUAAAAGUUUUUCCCAAGUAAGUAUUUUUUUCGCGAAGAUGAAGUUGAUGAAGAAGAAGUUCGGAAGAUGAUUUUCGAGUGUCUUGCUUUUUGGUGCCUUUUUUCAAAAAUCUGAAAAUUCAACAAAAUUGACCAAAACUUAUAUAUUUUUUAAAAUACAUUCCGGGUGCGUUUGACACAUUCAAAAUAACAAAAAAAAAAUCGGUAAUUCCAGUGUUCGCGAGAAUUCCACUUUAUUUCAUGCAAUAUAUUUUCCGUAUUAUGAAACCGCAGAGUUAAGAAACACUAGCAAAUAGUCAGCUUUUUAUUGUAGUUUGAACACGACUGUUUUAAUUUAUGCUUAAAGACAAUUUGUAUUAGCAGCGCAAGUUCGUGAUUGAGGAUUUAAAUUCUUUUAGUUGUUUGAAAACAAAAAUUAAGCAAAAAAAAAACAUUAUUUUACAGCAAGCAUUAAAAAAUAAAAUAAAUGGUGUGUAGUGAAGGAAAGAUUUAGCGCGACGUUUCCCGCCCCUCUUCCCAAACUAAAUAUAUAUUUAUUAGACAUACAAAAUUUCGGAAAGAUUGCCGUCUAGCAAACAAGAGAAUUUAAAAACAACCUAUAAUCGUUCAAUAUAAUAUCUGUUGGUGUCUGAGACCAUUUAAAGAAAUCAAACAAGAAAGUUUAAAAAUGUUUAAAAAGAGACUUUUCUAACACAUAGUAGCUAAAAUAAUUAAAACAAAUAAAACUAUUUUGGCGUGAAUCAAAACCAAGACUCAACAACUCGAGAGUGCUAACGUUCUAUC